ACUUCCAGCGAACAACUCUACAUCGAUAUUGAUACAAUUGACACAAUUUAGUUGCCUGCUUCUCGUUCAGCAAGUCUGUAUCCGAAACUGGUCGUGUAAAUGUCUCUUUUUCGCUGGCCGUACGCGGAAAGCCCUAUUUCCGGUGCUUGGGGCACACCGAACUCAAAUCACAAUUUCUGUGAAGAGGACUAUGUGAUCACGGAAUACGUGGCAGAGUUCAUCAAUACACUUACCAACCUAACAUACGUAAUCUAUGGUGCAUAUGGAAUUCGAAGGGUCUGGCCACGUGAAGAUGGUGGUCUCUUUUCUACCCUAGCGUUCCCGUACUGGGGACUUGUAGGAGUGGGAUUGCUGUCAGCCUGGUUCCAUGUCACGCUCAAAUACCACAGCCAGAUGGGUGACGACUUGUCAAUGUUUCUUGCCGUUGGUGCUGUCCUCAACCAAGUCUUGACAUUUGAUGCUCCUCCUCACAAACGCGUCGGUAUCACACUCGCUAUCCUUGGAGUAGUUGUACCCGCUUCUGUCUACCAUUGCUGGACUGAUGAAAUCAUACUCCACGAGAUCGUGUUUGGUGUCAUGGUCUUCAUGACUGGAAAGAAGAUUAGAAAGCUUAUCCGCGAACGCGUUAAGAAUCCCGAAGCUCAGAAGCGACUCAAAAGCAUGGCAUCGCUAGGGACAGCAUCCGGCCUCUUCGGCUACUUCCUCUGGAGCAUCGAUUUUCACCUAUGCUCCUACGUGACGGCAUUUAAACGCAGUCUUGGUCUACCCUGGGGCUUGAUUUUCGAACUGCACGGCUGGUGGCACAUUUUCACCGGCAUAGGCGCUUAUGUCGGCAUGGCUCUCGCCGAGUAUCUGGUCACCAUCGAUGAAGGCAACACUUCUAAGAUCGAAGAAGGAUUUGUUUGGCCUGUUCGAGCUGUCUUGAGGGAUAUUGAAGGCACAAAGGAUGCGAACGGAAGCUCUGGCAAGAAGCAGAGAUAGGUGAUCAAUUCACUUAGAUGGAUAUUAGGUCAGGGCAUACAGUGUGAUCGAUCGUCGGGCGUUGGAGGGUGUCUGUACCGUGUUAGUCGUUGUACGAUGACAUACAUUAUGAAUACUAGAAUUAGAUUAUCUGAUUGGUAGUCCAAUGAAUUGCAAGUAUACUGAGG